CCAGUUCCAAAAUCAACACCCCGCACCGUCUUCCCUUCCCCGACUGUCUUCAUCCAUCGUUUUUAAGAUAUUGAGAAGCCAUGCCUGAUGGUUGCAGUAUCAGAGCCAUUUGGAUCUUCAGCAACUUCGACGCUGUUAUUUUCUCCAGGAGGUUUCCAGUGGUAGAGAAGCGCUGGCGAACAGCAUGCAAGACCGAGAAUGAUAGAUGUAUAUCAGAUGACCUUAACUCUAGCGUGUCUCCAGUACUUCCUAACGAUUCAGAGUUAGCUGCUGCAUUUGUUGAGAGAAAGAACAGAGAGGGAUCUGCCGGUGGGUUUGGCAUUCGCAUUAUUCAGUCAUCUGAGGGAAGUGAUUCCUGGGUUGAUGACCCUAUUACCCGACAUAUCAUUGGACUUCAUGUGAAGAAAGAAGAAGGGGAUAGUAUCUUUAUGUGGCCACUAAUAUUGCACAUAAAGAGUCAUUAUUCCAUUCUUGUGUUGCCGAUUGUUGAACCUAGGCACGUAAAAGAAUAUUCAAGUUUGUGUAGAAGAUCUGAUUGUGGAAGUGCCAUUGGAGCAGAAAGUUCUUUAUCUUCCCUCCUUCUCGACCUUCCUUCUAUCACAGGGGCAUUCAUGGUUGCACUUGCUAUUGGUGAUGUAAUCACUGGUGAUGUGGUUGAACCUGAUGUCCUCGUCAGUGCUUCUCCAUCUGUGGGAGGGUUAUUGGAUUCAUUAACAGGCAGCAUAGGAAUAUCAGGAAUAUCUGCUAGGGCAAAACCUGUUGCUUCUCCCAGCAUAUCUGCCACUCCUUCUAGCAAUACUGCAAUAGGAGCUCUUAAUUCAGAUGUCCCAAGGCCUUUGGAUAAAGAUGCACUUAGAUCUUUCUUAAGCAGUUCAAUGCCCUUUGGAACACCCUUGGAUCUAAGCUAUUCCAAUAUAUUUUCUAUCAAAGCAAAUGGUUUUUCUUCAUCAGAUCCACCUCCUGCUGAUCUUAAACAACCAGCAUGGAAGCCAUAUCUGUGUAAAGGGAAGCAACGAGUGUUACUUACAAUACAUGAGAUCAUUAAUGCAGCUAUGUAUGACAGGGAUGAGAUUCCAGAUAAAAUAUCAGUUUCUGGUCAAAUAAAUUGUCGAGCUGAAUUAGAAGGGUUGCCUGAUGUCUCAUUCCCCCUUGCAGGGUUGAAUAAGGCUCGUAUUGAGGGCUUAUCAUUCCAUCCUUGUGCCCAAGUUCCUGAACAUGGCAUAGAUAAGCAAGCUGUGAUGUUUUCUCCCCCCCUUGGUAAUUUUGUUUUAAUGCGUUAUCAGGCAAUAUGUGCUUCUGGACCUCCUGUUAAAGGAUUUUACCAAUUGUCCAUGGUGUCUGAGGAUAAAGGUGCUUUUUUGUUCAAGUUGGGCUUGAUGGAAGGUUAUAAAGCUCCUCUGUCUAUGGAAUUUUGUACUGUGACUAUGUCUUUCCCUAGAAGAAGGAUUGUAUCCUUUGAUGGAACUCCUUCAAUUGGAACAGUUUCAACUACCGAGCAUUCAGUUGAAUGGAAAAUUUUAGCGAGUGGACGAGGGCUUUUGGGAAAAAGUAUUGAGGCAACUUUUCCCGGGACAAUUAGGUUUGCACCUUGGCAAAUCCAAAGACUGCAUUCUCCAAGUUCUUUAUCUGCUAGUGUAGAUGAGGUAGAUAGUGACGUUGAGUCUGAAAGUGCAAGCAAUGUGGUCAAUAUAGAGGAAUUUUUAAUGGAGAAAAUGAGUAAGGAUCUUCCUCCAGUUGAACUAGAGGAACCAUUUUGCUGGCAGGCAUACAAUUAUGCCAAGGUAUCAUUCAAGAUUUUAGGGGCAUCAUUAUCAGGAUUAUCUGUGGAUCCUAAAUCUGUCAGCAUAUAUCCCGCUGUUAAAGCUCCAGUCGAGUUUUCGACCCAGGUAACUUCGGGGGAUUACAUUUUGUGGAACACCUUGGAUAAGUGCCCGUCUGUUGCCUCAGAAAAAAUAUAGCUGGUAAAUGCCACAACUCAAGAGACAUAUAAUAUCGUGAUUUUUGGUGGCUACCAGUCUAUUGCGAUUGCUUAUCUCUGCACUAUACAAUUGCAAUAAUCUUAGCAUAUCUGCUCUAGUGAAGAACUUGUAUAUUUUUAUUUAAUUAUAUUUCAUUCAAGACACGACACGCCAGCCACUCAACAGUACAAUUUUGCGGAUAAAUCCUUCUAGUGAGAAAAACUUUGCGCUUGUCACUUCGUUGCACAAUGCUCGUUUGUACCUUAACAUUGAACUUAUAUCUUAUCGAAACUUGAGCGUGAAAUUAGGCAUUCGAAAUAGAAGAUCUCUUGCCUGUAUUAGACUGCCUGGAUUCACUUUUGAGAUUCUAGAUGGCGUUUUAUCACUAUACACCUACACCACCGGGAUGAAUUUUAGGGGACACUGCUCUUCUUGUGUUGUUAUUAAAAA